CUCAACACUCAACAGUACCCAUUUCUUGAAAGUUGAGGUCCAAAUACUCAUUCUCUCUAAUCGUCCGGUUACCCAUUCUUAAACCUAAAUCCCUAAUUCGAAGUGACAAUCAUACAUCUGUUUCUCAAUUUCUCACGAGGGUUUUGGGAAAAACCUUAUACAAUUAGAACGGUAGAGCCGUAGAGAAAUUACAACGGCGAUAUGGAUGUAGGAGAGGAUAGGAUUAGUAAACUGCCUGAUCCUUUAGUUCAUCAUAUACUCUCAUUUCUUCCAACCAAAACUGUUGUUUCCACUGGCAUUUUGUCGAAAAGAUGGAAGAAUGUCUGGGUAUCUAUUCCAGUCCUUGAUUUUCGUAAUUGGGAACCUCUUAGAAUAAGGUCUGGACAUUAUGAUGAAUACGCCAUUACCUUGGAGACGAAUAAGUUUAUGGAUUUUGUGGAUACGGUAUUGGUUCUACGCAAUAUGUUAAAUAUGAACAAGUUUUGUCUCGAUUGUGAAAAUGGGUUUUUCGACCAUAAGCGGGUGAAUGCGUGGAUCACUACAGUGAUGAAAUUUCAAGUUGAAGAGUUCAUUCUUUCAGUAACUUUCUCAUACCAAGCAAUGGAAAGAUGAUACCCGACUCCCUUUUCACUUGUGAAUCAUUAGCUAUUUUGGACUUUCAGUUUCCAGGACUAGAUCACUUUUAUCUUCCGGAAUCAAUUUUCUUCGGUUUACGAAAGUUGGGUUUGAUGAUGAGAAAUUGGCAGGAAAACUCUUUUCUAGUUGCCCAGUACUUGAAGAAUUGUGUUUGACCGAUUGUAGUUGGCAGAAUUUUUAUUUCAUUUGUGUUUCAGCUCCUAGACUCAAGUCCUUCACUCUAGUUGGUUGUUAUUGUAGUAAUAUGGAAGAUAUCAAGGUCAAGAUUGAUGCACCAUGUCUUAUAUCCUUCACUUUCUGUGAUAAGCUACCGGAAGAUUUUGUUGUGGAUAGUUUUCCAUUGCUACAUGAUGCAGAUUUAUACUAUAACUAUGGCGACAUAGAGAGCACAUUUGGUACAUUAUCGAAGUUUAUAAUGAAGCUCUGCAAUGUAAAGCUCUUGAAAAUAUCAGGUGCAUACUUUAAGAUUCUGAAGCUCGCAAAGAUCCUGUCUACAAGUUUCCCUACCUUUCAUAAUUUGAUCCGUUUGGAAGUGUAUGAUAUCCGAUACAUGCAAAUGAAAAUAUUACUGAACUUUCUAGAUUUCUCGCCAAAUUUGGAAUCACUCGUCAUUAAUCAGGUCGAAUUUAGUGGCAAAGCCAAAGAGAACACUUUGACAUUUGAUAAAGUGCCUGAAUGUUUGGUAUGCCUCAAGUCGUUCAAAAUUCGGAAGUUCAAUGGAUACCCAAAGGAGCUGGAGAUGGUUAAAUUCAUUCUGAAGCAUGCAAGAGUUCUUCAAAUGGUCUUUAUGGAAACUUCAUAUACCGUGGAAGAUUACAUGGGUGUGCGCAAAAAGAAGAAGAAUCUUAAAGCUAAGGAGGUUGAAGCUUUGAAUGAGAAAAUUAGGAGGCAGUUAGGAAUGUCUCCAUGGGCUUCAACAGGUUGUGUCAUUCAAUUUUCAAGCUCCUAGAUCUUGUUUUACUUAUUCUUGUCAAACCAAAGAAUAAGGUGCGAGGUUGAGUUUUCGAUUUUGCAGGCAAUGAAACUGAAAGUGAAAUGAGAAGCACUUAUGUGGGCAAAAAGCUGUAAUUGUGUUGACGUAACUUUUGUAUUUCAGCUUCUUUAGGGUAGACAAGUGCAGAGCUGUUAACAGGUCUUGACUUUAUGUAAGUAGGGAUUUCAGUGUAGUAGCGGAUAGUUUCUGAAUUCAGUGAAGCUAUAUGUUGUUAAAACUUGUGUCUGCUGAAUCCAAUGUUAGAUUACAAAUAUUUUGGUUCAAAAUUAGAUUUCAGUUUCAGAUUCAA